AUGGUAUAUGAUAAUUCUUUUAACCAACUUCUUUCAUUUGGAUAUUUAUUUGAUCAACCUGAAAUUUCAUAUAAACUAUUCUUUCAUCAACUUUACAAUAUUUUAAAUUAUGGACAUGAAAUCAUUGUUUGUGAUCGUUGUAUUGCUCAAUAUAAUGCUUUGAAACAAAUAUUUCCUUAUUCUAAACUAUUUUUGUACAAUGAUGAUGAUGAAAAUACUUGUUAUGAUGAUAAAGAAAAUAAUGAAGAAGAAAAUGAUGAUGAUCAGUUGUUUGAACCUAAUACAAGUGAUAUUAUAAAUUCAAUAGAUGGUACUAAUACAUUACAAGAUAAUAUUAAACAAUUAAUAGAAGAAUUAAAUUGA